AUGGCAGGGAGCGUGGCCCCCGGGCUGUCUCUGCUCCCCGUGCUCCUGGUGCUGGCCGCCGCCGACACCCUGCCUGCCGGAGAGAUGUGGCAGUCCCCCCUCUACGCAGUCACCCCCGAGGGGGGCUCCAUCAGCAUCUCCUGCUCCGUCCACACCAACGGGACACUGCUCGGGGUCCACCUGAAGCAGGGCCAUGUGCCGAAGGCGCUCAGGGUGGCCUUCUACGACGGGGAGAGCGCCCCCACCGUGGACGAGCGGUUCCUGGGCCGCGUCCUCUUCUCGGGGCCCCCGGACCGCCUGACUGUCACCGUGCAGGGCCUGCGGCCCGAGGACACCGGCACCUACUUCUGCGAGGCCAUCAUGGAGGAGGGGAAGGCCUGGGGCGCCGGCACCACCGUGGUGGUGACAGCGGCCAGCGCCUGCCCCGGGACUCAGCUGGCCCACUUCACCUUCCCCGUGGCCCUGGCCCUGGGCUGCCUCCUGGUCUUGCUGGGCCUGGCCGCCAUGUGUGUGCUGAGGAGGAGGAGGAGGCAGAUCAGGAACCUGUGCUCGGCGCCGGACAAGAGCAUGACGUGUGUGAUCUACGAAGACAUGUCCUGCAGCCGCCGGAACACCGUCUCCGUCCCCCACCGCGGCCAGUGA